AUGCCCAGUGGCCCCACCUCAGCCUACGCAUGUAGCUGUCUGAAUGUGAGGAUUACCGCGACCCCGACAACGAACAGCCCACCUCCUUGCUCGGUCGAUUUUGUUCCAGUUUAUGUUGGAGAUGAGGGUAUAUCCAUUAGACACCUACAGCUGACCGCGCGGGUUCGGUCGCGUUCCGCAGCCGUGUCGCGCAAUCGCCGAACGCGAUGCACUUCAGUCACUUGCCUCGUCUGCCAGGUCUUAGCGUAUCGAGUGCACCAAGUCAUUCCUCUCGAUGGUGACAGUCGUGAUGGGCCAUUACUGCCCACAGAGGACUGGGUUGAACAAGAUGUACUCAAAUCCUCGACUGGUUGGAUUGAGGUCCAUCAACAGUGUCUGACCGGGGAUGAUAUUUCGCGAAUUGAAACGUCAUCAGAGUACUCGCCACUCUUUUCUGUUGCCGUCCAGGUUCCACCUGUGUCUCCCUCAGUUCCUCAACAAGAACAACCCACGCGAGCUUACCUCGAACACCUCUCCCCUCUCUUCCUCCCCCCGCCCUUCACCCCCGGAAAUUCCGCUUUUGCACAUCUUUCGUCCAUCGCCGAAGUUCAGUCCGACAGUUGGCGCUCGACAGCAGAGGACGAAAUCGCUGCCUUCAUCCGUGCCAAAACGGAGGAGCUUCUGCGAUCAGAAGCGGUACUGAGGCGUCAGGUUGAGACGAUAUAUACUCGAUUUCGAGAAGGCAUGCAAAACGUGCAACAAGCUGAUUCGAUGGCGCUGGCCUCACCCCGUUCUCCUACAAGUGGUUCUGGAAUAGGUACUCCAUCAAGCCCGACCUCUUCUGGGGCCGCGGACUACGGUUUCACCCCAAUGCCAGUGGCGUCUGUUCGCCAGAACCUCCCUACGUCAAUGUCCGCCCUUUCCGCAUCGUUGGUGGCCAGCGGAAUGCAUUACCCACGCGCUCAACAGCACCAACAAGAGCCGACGUCACCUGUGUCGACUCUUCUCGACUCGCUAGCCGGAUCCUCACCCACUCUUACUGCCAACUCCGUCUCUCAGCCGCAAUUACCUGGCCGUGCUUUCGACGGUGAAGCUAAUUUGCUUGACAUUCCUCGGCGAAUGGACGAAAAUAUGAAUACCGCGGCAAGUUACCGGUAUUUCCAGAUCGAAGAAGAGAUGGCACGAAAACGAGCAGCUGAGGAGGCAAGAAAUUCAGUUGCGCCAGCAGUACAACAACCUCCUUCGACAGCAGUCGCAGGGCCAAGUAGUGUAAAUGGUCGUGGGAACACGGUGGCAGAAAGUUCAACGAAUGGUCAAGUACCCAAGACAAAUGGGAAGGGCAAGAAGAAGAUGGUCACAUUUCAAUCUCAGCCUGCAGUGGUUACAAUUCCAGAAAAGGAAGAGGAGACGCGUAGGAUCACGAAUGACGGCGACGAAAUGAUGUUUGACCUCGACACAGAUAACAAAGAAAGCGAGGUGACGGAGGGAACGGUGAUGACGCUUAUCGAAGGACCACCGCAACCUCGACCUUCCCAACCUCGUCGAACCUCUGGUAACAACAAGCCUCUCAAGGAUUCUGCUGGUCUACCCCAAUCGUUUGCAGCGUUACGUCCUGCCUCUCUCCCCCUUCUUUCACAUAUGAAGCCCCGACGAAGUCCACUUCGACCGCUGAAUGAUCUCCCUGAUGUUUCUCAGCGGCAGAAUGAGGGAAGCGACGACGACGACGACAAUCUCGAUGGUCAAGAUUACGACUCGCGAGACCGCGAAAUCCUCAGACUCGUCGCUGCAGGCCUGCCGAGUCACCGCCACGCUUGGAAGAAGGGCAGCUCUGAGUGGACGGCGUUUGUUAGCAAUCGAAGCGAGCAGCUAUCCGACGAAGAAGACUUUGACGCGCCAGCGCCUCCAGCAAUGGUUGGCUCAAUGCCCAUUGCGAUACGCACGCUUGGACGACCGCCUGUCCGACUGAGUACAGCUUCCUAUCAGAAUGAAGCGAGUGUCCGUCGAGAAGAGGUCUCAAAUACUGCACCUUCAACUUCACAUCGCAACAACAUGUAUGCUGAGCGUGACAUUCACCGAGCAAUCGACCCCGGAGCGCUUGAUUUUGCCGUGGAUAAUCAAGUCAUUGUCGAGGAAGACGAGACCCAGCCAAUCAAUGGGGCUGAUGAGACCAACCAAAACUCAAUCAGUACGGCACGGGAUCGCGCGUUGCGUAUUCUCCAAGCUCGAAGCGAGUUACCGGAUCCAAGCAUGUUCUACAGUCUGGCAUCAUAA